UCCUCGUUGGAAGACAUUUAUAUCAAAAUUAUCACUAUUGUAUCAUCACUAACUUCUUUAAUUGAUAACUACGAUCAUGAUCAUGAUCUAUAUGCAAAAGUAAAAAUUAUUAUGUAUAUCACUUUACUAAUAACUCCACAUUAAUCUUAAAAUAGUUUUAAAUUAUAGUAAUAUUGAAAUUUCCGUCGAUAACCUUUCACGGUACGUUGACUUCAUCAACUAAAUCAAAAUAAUCGUCUGAAAUUGAUUUCUUAGCUUCUAAUAAAUUCUAAUAUCUCUAUUCUUAAACUUGAAAGACUAGGACAAAAAUAUAUUAAAUGAAAUUUGUCAAAGUAAGCCCUUUCACGUAGCAUAAACUCUAUUCUCUAACGUAUAAUUAAUUAUUAACAAUGCAGGAAGUUUUAAUAGGCCGACGUUACUAUAAUACGUCUCUUUUAACGCUUAUAGCAACCCCUUAGUCACCCAAAAGAGAAUUACUUAUUAUCAUCUAAAGAAAAGAAAAGAUCAAAGAAAAGAUUUAAUAUUGUAAUACACGCGGUAGGAAGAACAUGAAGUCGUCGGAUUUCUAUAGUGAAGGCGAUUACAAAGAGUAUUACAAAAUUUUACAAUUCUUUAUGCGUAUAUGCGGUCUAUGGCCUUAUCAAUCGUUUUUCGCUAAAUAUUUCUUUAUAACGAUGACAAUAUUCUUAAGCGAAGGAAUUCUCGUUGGUCAGUUAUUAGGGGCAAUACAACUUCGAAAUGAUUUAAACGAAGUGAUCGAUUGUAUACCGAAUAUAUUGAUAUCAAUCAACGUUGGGAUAGAAUUCAUAGGACUGAUAUUUAAUUCGGGAAAGGUAUGUAAUUCAUAUUUUAAUAAUAAAUAUGUCGAUAAUAAUUUUCACAUGGAUUGUACACAGUUGAAGAGAUGUAUCGAUAGAAUGGCUGAGGAUUGGCAACAUUUAUCUUCGAAUGUGGAGAUUGAAUUGUUGAAGUCGUUUACCGUUCAAGGACGAAAGUUAGCUUUCGUUUACUUAUUUUACAUGUCGUUUACUGGCUUUAUGUUUUUGCUGCAACCAAUCCUGCUGAGUUUAAGCUCUGAUAAUUCAACGAAUAUACUAUCUACUCUUCCAUAUCGUGUGCAAUAUGGCAUCGAUAUAGAAAAAUAUUACUACGAGAUACUAUUUCAUUGUUACGUUUCCGUAUUUUCCCAUAUGCUCAUUUUAUCUUCCAUAAAUUUAAUAUACACCUCGUUUAUUCAACACGCCUGUGGAUUAUUUUCUGUGAUCGGAUACAAAUUGAAACAUCUUGGCGAAGAAGGACGUUUGGACGUCGAUCUGAACAUUAAAAAGGUCGAUGAUAACAAUUAUAGGAUCGCUUUAGAUUGUCUACGAAAACAUAUCAAAGUUAUAGAAUUCUCCGAGUUCAUAGAUGGAUCAUUCUCGGUUAGUUAUUUAUUCAGCUUAGGAUUGUUCGUAUUAGUUUUAGCCGUUUCUGGUACACAGGUAUUAAUGCAUACCGAUCAAUUAAAUGAAGCUGUGAGAUACGCCAGUCUCUUUAUGGCUAUACUCAUACAAUUAUUUUGGCAAUGCUGGCAAGGUCAGCGCUUAUUGAAUUGUAGUAAUAUACCUUACGAGAGCGCAAAUCAAGGACAAUGGUACUAUACUUCAACUCGUUGCAAGAAAACACUUGCAUUGAUCAUGAUUAGAUCUUCGAAACCAUGCGAGAUAACAGCAAUGAAUUUAAUGACAUUCUCCAUAGAGACGUUCAGUUCGGUAUUACGGACAUCGAUGUCUUACUUCACCGUAUUACAAUCAAUGAAUUGAAUUAUUACAUGCGAACAUAUUACAUCCACAAUAGUAAAUAGUAAGUAGAAUAAUCUUUUUCGAUUGUGAAAGAUAGCAAAUUAUAUAAUUAAUAAAUAAAUAA